GCGGGCUUCGCUCUCUCUCCACUCCAAGUCUCUCCAGAAGCUCCCCGGCUCCCUACCUAGCCCUCUCGUCCCGGUUCUCCGAAGUGCUUGGAGAUCCGACCCUUUCUCCUCUCUCUCAGUGCAUUUCUCCCUCCGGGGUGGCAUUAAGGAUGAUGGAGAGCUGCCUGGGAGAGGAGUCUGUCCAGAUGUGGGAGCUCAAUCGGAGGCUAGAGGCUUAUCUGUCUCGGGUCAAGUCUCUGGAGGAGCAAAACGAGAGGCUUCGGCUGGAGAUCGGGAGCCUCCGGGAGCUACCUGGAGAGCCGUCCUGGAGAAGCCGGGCGGAGGAGGAGCUGAAUGCUCUGCGGGCCCUGCUGGAGCAGCGCUGGAGCGAGAAGCAUGCCGCCGAAGUGGCCAGGGACAAUCUUCUGGAGGAGGUAGAAGGGGUGGCAACCCGAUGCCAGCAGCAGCGGUUAGCCCGGGAGCGGGUUAAGGAGCAGCUGGUCGAGAGCCGCCGGGUGCUGGAGGCCGAGCAGUGGGCGGGGGUGUGUCUGGGGAACCAGGCGGCCGAGCUGGAGAAGGAGCUCGAGGCCUUGGUGGCUGCCCAUGAGCAGGAGCGGGCAGGAAUGAGCGCUCAAGUGGCCCGCUCCGCAAUGAGCCUGGAGACAUUUCGCAGGGCUCCAGAUAAUGCCCCUGCCCCCGACGUCCAAGACCUAGCCCGCACGUUCGGGGAGGCAUGGAGGGGCGCGGUGGAAGGCUACCAGGCGCGCGUGGCCUGCAUGGAGGCCUCCCUGGGACAGGCCCGGGAGAGGCUGGGCCAGGUAAUGCAAGGGAGCCGAGAGGAAGAACGAGAGGCGCAGCGGCUGGACGUUGAGAGGGCAGCGCUCCAGGGCCGUCGAGAGAUGCUGGAGCAGAGGUUGGAAGGGCAGUGGCAGGAGCAACAGGAAGCGGGGGAGAAGUUCCAGCUGGCUGUGGAGGCUUUGGAACAGGAGAAACAGGAUCUCCAUAACCAGAUUGCUCAGGUCCUAGAAGAUCGACAACAGUUGAUGCAUCUGAAAAUGUCACUUAGCCUGGAAGUGGCUACAUAUAGGACCCUCCUGGAGGCUGAGAGUUCCCGGCUGCAUACAUCCAAAAUAAACUCAAAGGCUUCUGUCAUUUUCCCCGAUCCCAAGGUGGAGUUGUGUAUCCCUGUGACACCUGAGAUUCGACGUCCAGGACCUUGGCCUCCUGCCCUGAGCCCCACAACCCUUCCUAUGGUGGAUACACCUAGGACUCCAAUGCCUACAUUUCUGAAGAGUCAAGAAUUCCUCCCAACCCAGACACCCACCUUGGCCAGCACCCCCAUCCCACCCAUUUCCCAAGCUUACCACUCAGGCACUAGGAGGGAAGUCCAAGCCCAGGUGGCACCCUCCUACCUUCUCCAAGGGCCAUCUUUUGAUGGACCCAAGCCAAAGGAGAGUGAGCAUCUGACUGCUCCAAAGCUCCCAUGGGCCAAAGCCAAGGUAGGCAUUGGGGUGGACAGUAGCCCGGGGUCUGAAGAGCCAGGGGUUGAGAAACAACAGGUUCCCAGCUUUCCCUGUCCAGAUGAGCUAAUAGAACAAGAUGGAAAAAUUGUCUUAGCAACCGACUCUGGCAUUGACUCCAAAGAGACCAAAGACUAUGAGAAAGAGAAUGAAAAGCUCAGUGACUUUAAUAGUCCCCAGGCCCCAAGUACAGAGCCUAAUAAAUACCAAAAGGAGGAAAAAGAAAUCCAGGGCAUGGCAGAGGAGGAAGAAGCUAAAGAGACAAUUGUAGAAAGUUUGGAAGGAGAGACAUGGCUAAAGGGAAGAGCCCUAGACGGGAAGGAGAUCCAGGAGAACCUGAGCUUGCCAGAUAAGAUCCAGGAAACACCUGAGAUUUCAGAGGAGAAGUUUCCGGAGACACUCAGGAUUCUGAGUGGAGAGCUCACGGAAACUCUGAAGCUUCCAGGUGAGGAGAUCCAGGAGGCCCAGAAGCUGCCAAGUGAGAAAUUCCAGGAGGUCCAGAUACUUCCAGGUGAGGAGAUCCAGGAGGCCCAGAAACUGCCUGGUGAGGAGAUCCAGGAGGCCCAGAAACUGCCUGGUGAGGAGAUCCAGGAGGCCCAGAAACUGCCUGGUGAGGAGAUCCAGGAGGCCCAGAAGCUGCCAAGUGAGAAAUUCCAGGAGGUCCAGAUACUUCCAGGUGAGGAGAUCCAGGAGGCCCAGAAGCUGCCUGUUAAGGAGAUCCAGGAGGCCCAGAAACUGCCUGGUGAGGAGAUCCAAGAGGCCCAGAAACUGCCUGGUGAGGAGAUCCAGGAGGCCCAGAAGCUGCCAAGUGAGGAGAUCCAGAAGCUGCAGUGAGGACUGCCAAGUGAGGAGAUCCAGGAGGUCCAGAAGCUGUCAAGUGAGGAGAUCCAGAAGCUGCCAAGUGAGGAGAUCCAGGAGGUCCAGAAGCUGUCAAGUGAGGAGAUCCAGAAGCUGCCAAGUGAGGAGAUCCAGGAGGUCCAAAAGCUGCCAAGUGAGGAGAUUGGGGAGGCCCAGAAGCUGCCAAGUGAAGAAUUCCAGGAAAUCCAGAUUCUUCCAGGUGAGGAGAUCCAGGGGAUCCAGAAGCUGCCAAAUGAGAAGUUCCAGGAGGCCCAGAAAUUGCUAGGUGAAGAAUUCCAGAAGGUCCAGAUUCUUCCAGGAGAGGAGAUCCAGGAGGCCCAGGAGUUGCUAAGUGAAAAAUUCCAGGAGACCCAGAUUCUUCCAGAUGAAGAGUUCCAGAAGACAUGGAGGUCUCUAGGAGAGGAGAAUAGAGAGAUAUUGAGCUUCCUAAAAGAAGGCAACCUGGAGAGAGAGGAGAACCAGGACUCACUAAGCUCUCCAGAAGAGAACAAACAGGAGACAAUUAGUUCUGUAGAAGGAGUGCUCCAGAAAAAGGAGAAUCAGGAGACUCUAGAAUUUCCAGAAGACAACCAGGAAAUGGUGAGCUUUCCAGAAGAAAACCUGGAGAGGGAGGACAACCAGGAGACAACUGGACCUCCAGAAGAAGAAAACCAGGAAAUACCAAAGCCUCUGAAAGAAGAAAUUCAGGAAAUAUUGUAUUUUUCAGAAGGGAACCAGAAGAGAGAGGAGCUACAAGAAAUGUUAGCUCUACCAGAAAAAGAAAUGCAGGAGACAUUAAAAUCUCUGGAUGACGGUAAUUUGGAGAUGGAGGAAGACCAGGAGGUUCCAGAAGAGGGGAAAGGAUACUUGGAGAGGAAGGAGAACCAGGAAACAUUGCAAUGUUUGGAAGUGCAAAGCCUGGAUCUGGCUAGCAUGGAUGUAGCUACCAUGGACCAGGAGCACUCCAGUAGAGAAGAUGAAAAAGCCGCAUGUGAGCUUGGGAAAGAUCAUAAGGAAAUUGCAGAGUUGAAACCAGGCGAACAAAGUGGUGUGGAAGAGAACUGGGAAGUUGUAGAGGGGACAGGAUCGAAGUAUGGUGACCCAGCUGAAUCCUGGCAAGCUGAAGAAGAGGAACUGGGCAGCCAGGAAUCUGAAGAGCAGAAAUUACCAUCAAAGGAAACAAUAGAAGAGGGGAUGACUAAGGGCCCCCAGAUGGAGUUCAGGGAGGUAGGAUCACUGGAACUUGGAGCAGUAACUGAGUAUAUAUUAAAGGAGGAUGGAGCCUUUAGGGAAAGUGAUGGAGUAACCCUGGGGGAUAAUGGAUCCAUUACAGGACUAGAACCAUCAGAAAGAAAAGAGGUGAGAAACCAAGAAUGGCUGGAAAAGGAGGUCUUGGAAUCAGAGAAAUGGGAAGAGGGGCCAUCAGAGCCACACUUCAAGGAAGUGAUUUUGACUUCAGCAGAGCAGUUUGAGAAAAAGACUGAAAAAGAUGUGCAGGAAACAGAUGAGCAGUUCAACAAGUUGCUUAUGGAGAAUGGAACUCAUCCUCAUUUGGAGGCCCCAGAAAUAUUGAAGGAACCAGAGCAGGAGGAGUCUUUAGGAAUGGGAGAAGACCCUGGAUCCCCUUCAGAUACCCUUUCUGCAGAAACCACAAUUGACAACACUGCGGAUGGCAAAGGUACUACUACUCAGUCUGGUCUCAUGGGCCAUGCUUCCUCCCAAGAGGAAAUAAAAGAAGAGAUAAGAGCCUCAGAAAAUCCCCAGAGUUCCCAAGUUGAGGGAGACCCAGAACAAAUGCCACAAUCCUUCAGCUCACUACCCAAAGAUUCCUUGGAGUCCCCCUUUAGGGCUGAAAGCAACCAAGAGUUAUGGGAAAGCUGGGAAACUGAGGAAAGACCAAGGUCCAGUGAGCAGCUGGUUAGGGAAAUAGAGAAGGUUGAUGGCCAAGACAGCUCAGCAGUCUUUCAAGAAGAGGUGGAAGAGAGUGAGGAGGAUGAUCUGAGUGAGACUCUCCCAGACUCCACACCGUUGGGCCUUUAUUCGAGGAACCCAGACUCACCUAGCUGGGGGAUCAUUGGAAAGAAACAGCCUUCUCUUCAAGAGGAGCCUCAUAAUGCUGUUUGGGAUCCUUCUCCCAGCCAUGCCAAAGCCAGUAAGGUUCAGCCUUGUGAGGGAGAGGAGGAUGAGGAAGGAGCUGCUGAUUGUGAAGAAUUUGAGGACCUUGCUGCUGAUGCUUCCUUUUCCCCUAGGGGUUCUGAGGGACUAGUGGAGACUGAGGGGCAUGGGUCAGAAAUGGUACUAAACCCUCCUACUUGGGAUCGGGAUGGAGAGUCUGAUGGGUUUGCAGAUGAAGAAGAAAAUGGGGAGGAGGAAGAAGAAGGUGACGAUGAGGACGAGGAUGAUGAUGAUGACGACGACGAUGACAGUGAUGGGAGAGGUGAGGAGAUUAGGCACUGGAAGUUGGGUCCCUCUUUGGGAAGUCCAGUGAGCUAUCAUCAGGAAGAGGAACCCUUUGAGAACAUGGACAGAAAUGCUGAUGCCCCCCUAGAUACCGAAGAGAGAGAGGGAAUAGAAAAUCCCUCUCCUGAAGUUCUGGAGGUUGAAAAAGAGAUUAAGCUCUCAGGCAGACCAAAGUCACUGAACAGCGAUAUACAAUCAGACUCCGAAGGAGAGCAUUUUCAUGUAACUGAAGAUAGGGGAGACUCAGACCUGGAGGAGGAGCUGGAGACUCCCCUACCACAAAAUCAAGGCCCUUUAGGAGUGAGUGACCUGACCCCUUUGGAUAAGGAGGGCCAAGUCACUGAUGGUGACCUGAUAGAAAUACCCUGUAAAGUAGAUGAUGGUGUCAGGAAAUCUGGCGCUAGCCUCAAUGGUGGGGGACUCAGCCUUAACCAACCAGAUGACAUCAGGGCAGAAAUAUUGAAUGGGUUGGGGAAGCUUGAGGAAGCAGGUCAGGGAAAGCUAUGGGACCUGGAGAGAGAGGGAGGUGAAGGGAAAGCCGCGGGGGAGGAGCUCUCUUCCCAGACUCUAUGGAGUGGAGGUCCCCUCAUCCUGGAGCAGAGACCAUUCCUGAAGUUCACUCAGAACAAGGAAGAAGAUAGAGAUUCUUGGUCCUCUGGGGAUGAGUAGAAAGGAGUCUCUCUUCUCUCUUCUAGUUCUGGGAAGGGGACAUGAAAAUGUAACAAUCCUCACCCCCACAUUUCCUUCAAGCAGGGUAUCUUAGUCUUGACAUGACUCAUGACUUAAUUUCAGUGUUUUGACCCUUAUGGUCAGGAGGUGGGUUGGAGAAAAGGGAUUUCCCCAGAAUGAAAGCUCUGGGGAAAAAAACCAAUUCAGUCCCUCCCUCCCUUGGAAAAGUGGUAUAGGAGUACCUUCUUCCAUUUCUUUUCUGAAAUUUGGAUCAGUUCCUGGUCACCACAGACCUCCCUAGGUCCCUCACUGUGGUCAUCCCUCAUUCCCCCCAAAACUCUCUUUUUCAAAGAGGGGAGAUGAGGGGCAUUCCCUACUUUGAGUACAGUGGAAGUGGAAGAGUCACCAGGGAAAGUUAGGGGACAGAGUUUUAACUCUUGAGCUAGUAGUGACAGCAUCUGAGGUUCUACCUUUAUCCAGUCUGCAGUGUGGGGGAGGGGGGGAGGAUGGGGGAUGUCCCUUCAUUGUUAACCCUCUUGUUAGAGGAGGGACCAUCAAGCAUUUUAAUAUGCUCAGCCUGAACCCUUACCCCCUCCACCCCUAUGAUAUUUAGGUUGGUUUUGUGAAUAAAGUAAUCACAGCCACCACCA